GUCAACUUAUCCAACUUUCCUGAGUUCCCGCUAUAUUUUUGAGAUAAUAAUUUAAAUAAACAAUCACAAAUCAAAUAAUUUGAAAGUAAAGUUUUAUUACCUACAAUCAGUUCUAAUUUAAAUAAUGGGAAAAAAAUCAAUAACAGCUACAAACAAACAGAAAGAUAAGCGGCUUGCUAGAAAGCAAGAACAGAGGCGCAUUGCUGAUGCUAUGACCCACGUUACAACUGCGAAUAAACUUCAAGACUUGGCAUCCUUGUGCAAAGAAUUGUUAGUUUUCCGUAAUCUCGACCUGGAGGUAGACAUGUAUAUACAAAAGGUCACUGAACUGGAUAAAAAGGUGUUACAGUGGGCCAUAGACUUGACUGAAAAAAAUAUGAAGACACUCUAUGAAACUUGUGCAUGGGGUUGGAAUCCUAAUCGUAAGCUGGAGGAAAUGACUGAUGAUGCAGCCUGGUACCUGAUAGCCCGUGAGAAAAAUGGAACACUCCUAGCUUUCUCACACUUCAGAUUUGACCUGGACUUUGGAGAACCAGUAUUGUAUUGUUACGAGGUGCAGGUAGAGAAGGGCGGACGUCGUCGCGGACUCGGCCAGCGCGUCCUCAGCGUGCUGGAGAAGCUUGCGCACGCCACCCACAUGCGUUGCGUGCGUCUCACUGCGCUCACGCACAAUCCCUCCGCCGCCGAAUUCUUCAAGGCUUGCGGAUACAGUAUAGACGAGACGAGUCCUCCAAAAGACGAAGCGGCUCAUUACGAGAUCUUAAGCAAGGCAACCGUUAAAUCAACAGACGAAAGUGCCGUGAAGGUAUGAAAACCGUACGAAUGGAAAACGAAGGACUAAACGAAAACAAUAGUUCAUAAAUUAAUUAACGUAAUGCCAAAUCUAAAGGUCAAUUCUAGGUUUUGUCGUCUGUAUCAUAAUAUAAUACAUGCAUUCGUAAUGUUUUAUUUUAGUAGACAAUAAACCUGCAAAGUAGUGAAAUUUUGUUAUACAUUGUUAAAUUUAAUAACUGGUGAGUUCCGAAUGAAGGCUAUAUUUUCUAAUCGUCUCUUUUUUUUUUAUUGCCUUUGUAGGCAGACGAGCAUACGGCCCACCUGAUGGUGAGUGGUUACCGUCGCCCAUGGACUUCAGCAAUGCCAGGGGCAGAGCCAAGCCGCUGCCUACCGGAUCUCACAGAAUAACUAGUACAAAAAAUGUGUUGAACCUUUUUAUAUGAGUUCAGUUGGAAUUCUCACGUUGGCAAUACAGCUCCGAGAGUACCUACGUCGCUAAUUUGGACUAAAGGUCUAGAUACCAGGCCAUAAACUCAAAAAAAAAAACCUCGCUAAUUGUUUCAAAUGCUAUAACAUUAAUGUGACGUCAAAAGUAAAUAUCCCAAUUUUGGUUUAUCUGUUAGUUUAUUUUUGCACUUUUAUUCUAAAUUAUACUUAGAUUCCGCUUUAAUCCUAUUAAAUCGUAAAGAAAUUAGUAAAUUUAGAAGUAAAUUAAAAAAAAUAUUCGAAUAAUUGUUUAUUCGAUAACACCAGAACGCAAAUAUGCUAUCAGUAAAAUGUUAAUGAAAAACGACUCUGUGUUACUUUUUUUAUUCAAAAACAUCUUAAUACUAGUACUUAAAUAAAAUAGAAAGUAUCUAUACGAGAUUCUGACCAGCUAGGAAUGGUUUGGUGACGCCAAUGGUGACCCAUUGCAGGAAUUUAGCCUUUAAAUAUCUAAUAUAAAUCUUUCUCGGAUCGUUCGGGUAUCUUAUGAGGAUUACCCCACGCAAAGAAUAAUUGUUAUAAUCUAUACUUCUAUACUAAUAUUACAAAGAGGAAAGAUUUGUUUGUUUGUUUGUAUUGAAAAAGUGUCGGCA